GAGGGAGUGAGCACGAUCACUCAACUGGCGGAAGUACCCUGUUACUCAUCGUCAGGUAUUUGAACACCUUUAUUUUGAUGACAUAUUAUACAGUUAUUUGGACUUAGAUCGGAUAUACAUUGACGCCAUAACCGAGCACGAUGACCACCAGUCCACCUCCAGGUAUGCCUGGGAGUCUACAGCUCAAGUGGGACCCCAAAAAUCUGGAAAUCCGCACAAAAUCGGUGGAGAAGACCCUUGAACCACUUGUCACCCAGGUGACAACACUAGUAAACCAGAAUGGCCCCUCCAGUAAGAAGAAGGGCAGAUCCAAGAAGGCCCACGUCCUCAGUGCCACUGUACAGAAAGCCACCGAACACUUCAUCGAGCGGGGAGAAGAGAUUGCCAGGGAGAACCCCGAGGUCCAUGCAGACAUGAUGGCGGCCAUUGAAGAAGUUAGAAACACAGGUGAAGCUAUGGGGGAGGCCUCGCGGGAGUUUGCCGGAGACCCCUGUUCGUCUAUGAAGCGUGGCGCUAUGGUGAGAGCAGCCCGAGGUCUGCUGUCGGCCGUCACACGCCUCCUCAUCCUGGCCGACAUGGUGGAUGUCCAUCUCCUCCUCAAGUCCCUCCACUCAGUGGAGGAUGACCUUGACCGCAUCAAGAACGCCACAAGUCAGCAGGAGUUGAUGGAUAGCUUCAAGGAGUUCACCAAGAGCGUCAACGAGCUGUCGGAGAAGGCUGCCAAGAGACAAGCAGACCUGAAAGAUCCCCGUCGCCGUGACGACCUAGCGGCUGCAAGGGCUGUUCUGAAGAAAAACAGCAUGAUGCUGCUUACAACAUCUAAGGCUUAUGUACGACAUCCUGAGCUGGCGGCGGCGCGAGCCAACCGGGACUACGCCUACAAGCAGCUGUGUGAUGCUGUGGGCACAAUAGCGGGGGUUGCCCAGGAGACAGGUCCGUCCAAGGCUCAUCCCUAUGAGGGACCAGGGGAACUGGCAGCGGCUCUGGAUGAACUGGAUCAAAAGAUCAUCAUGGACCCACUGUCGUACAACGAGGUCCGUAGUCGUCCGUCCCUGGAGGAGAGGGUGGAGAGCAUAAUCAGUGGGGCGGCACUCAUGGCCGACUCCUCCUGCACUCGUGACGAGCGGAGGGAGAGGAUUGUACAGGAGUGUAACGCUGUGAGACAGGCGCUGCAGGAUCUCCUCACAGAGUACAUGAACAAUUGUACUAAGAAACCACCGGCUACAGAAAAUAAAGUCACUCAGACCAAGCCCUUUGUCCAUUUUGCCAAGGCUGGCCAGAAAGAACCAAGUGAAUCUCUGGACCAGGCUAUUGACAACAUGUGCCAGAAGACGCGGGAUCUCCGCAGACAGCUACGUAAGGCGGUGGUAGACCAUGUGUCGGACACCUUCCUGGAGACCAACGUCCCACUGCUUGUCCUUAUCGAGGCGGCCAAGGCAGGAGACGAGAAGGGCGUUGAGGAAUAUGCACAGGUCUUCUCAGAACAUGCCAACAAACUAGUCGAGGUGGCAAAUCUAGCCUGCUCCAUGUCCAACAACGAGGAAGGCGUGAAGAUGGUCAGAAUGGCCGCCUUUGAAAUCGAGGCUCUGUGUCCCCAGGUGAUCAACGCUGCUCGAGUGCUGUCUGCCAGACCCAGGUCCAAGAUUGCCCAGGAGAACAUGGAGGUGUUCAAGGAUGCCUGGGAGAAACAAGUCCGUCUGCUGACCGAGGCUGUGGAUGACAUCACCACAAUACAUGACUUCCUAGCUGUCUCAGAGAACCACAUCCUGGAGGAUGUGAACAAGUGUGUGAUCGCCCUGCAGGAGGCAGACGCUGACACGCUAGACAGGACAGCCGGCGCUAUCCGAGGUCGGUCGGCCCGUGUUUGCAACGUGGUUGGUGCUGAGAUGGACAACUACGAGCCUGGACCAUACACCGAGAGAGUCAUGGAGGCCGUCAUUAUGCUCCGAGACCAGAUCAUGCCCAACUUUGCGGAGAAGGUGGAGGUGGCGGUGGAUGCCCUGAGCACCCACCCGCAGCGCGACAUGGAGGAGAAUGACUUCAUCGAGGCAAGCAGGCUCGUGUAUGACGGGGUCCGGGACAUCAGACAGGCUGUCCUCAUGAACAGGUCGGUUGCAGAAAUAGACUCUGACAGUGAGAUUGAAUAUGAAGAUGAACAAGAAGGAUUAUCGAGUGUGAUGGAGCAGGAGGCAAUUGACCAGAGCGACCGUGCCCUCAUGCGCAGUCUGCCGAAGGAGGAAAGGGAGCUAAUCCAGCAGGAGGUGGAGAUGUUCCGCAUGGAGAAGGACAAGCUGGACCGCGAGGUGGCCAAGUGGGACGACAGCGGCAACGACAUCAUUGUCCUCGCCAAGCAGAUGUGUAUGAUCAUGAUGGAGAUGACAGACUUCACCAGGGGUCGUGGUCCAUUGAAGAGCACCAUGGAUGUGAUCAACGCUGCAAAGAAAAUUUCUGAGGCUGGUUCCAGAUUGGACAAAUUGUCACGAACAGUUGCCGAUCAGUGCCCCGACUCUCAGUCCAAGAAGGACCUGGAGGCUUACAUGCAGAGAAUCGCCCUGUACUGUCACCAACUCAACAUCACCAGCAAGGUCAAGGCCGAUGUACAGAGUGUUAGUGGAGAGCUCAUCGUCUCAGGGCUUGACAGUGCCACCUCAUUGAUCCAGGCUGCCAAGAACUUGAUGAAUGCUGUUGUGUUGACAGUCAAAGCUUGCUAUGUCGCUUCCACGAAGUAUCCCAAGAAUAACCAGAAUAUUGUUCUCUGGAAAAUGAAGGCACCAGCGAAGAAGCCUCUUGUCAGACGGGAAGAUCCCGAUGAGCUGCGCUCCAAAAUCCGCAAAAGUGCGCGCAAGGAAAGAAUUGAACCAAUCAAAGCCCUCAGUGAAUUCCAGGAAAUUACUCUAGACAGUUUCUGUUAACCAAAAGACAGCAAGCAAAUACUUGUAUGGAAUGUGAUUUGAUAACGCAAGCAUGAACAAUACAGACUUUCCAUGGGAUCAUUGUGAGAUAUCAUACGAAUAGCUGGAGGAAAAUAGUUCUUCUUGCAGGCAAUUGGACCAAGGUUACCAUGGCUACAGUACCAUCACACUGUGAGGACGAACUGUGACACGCCCCAGCUGUGUGGAGACAGAGAUAGGACGGCAAUCAAGAGGAUGCAGAACUCCAUAUCAAAAUAUUUCUGUUUGAUGAUGUUUACUUUCAAACUGCUGUAAGCAAUCAUAUUUUUGUAGCGUUAAAUUGUCGUUUACCAAUACCAAUUAGUUGUAACAGUUUUUAGUUUGUAACAUGUGACCUGACAAAACCUGUCUGAUCUCAGCUUGACCUCCAUGUCAGUGAUGUCGCCACCAUUGUUCGAGAAUGAGAUGGGGCCUCAUGUCAUACCACGAAAUUGCCAGAUGCUGAUCAUAUGGUUGAGAUGUGUGCUGUAUAAUCAGGGUUAGACCCAACCACUAGGACGCCAGUGUGGAGACUAGUGUUACAGACAAGUUCUCCCCAGACGAGAGUCUUACUCAUAACCUGUUGAUUCAAGCCCUGUGUUUACAUGAUAUAUAGCAUGAUCCACUUACCUUUCAGACCUUUUCACACAAACCUGUUCUGUUCAAAACACGGAUUUUGAUAAAUAAUAAGGUGGGAUACAACUUGUUACACGUACUAUUAACAUUAUUUUAACGUUGCUUUACUCCAAGUUAUUGGUUUAAAGCCCUAUCGUACAUGUACAAAAUUAUUCAGCACUGCAAAAGAGAAAUUUAAAGAUUCCUGUGUACGGUUUUUUUCGAAAGUGAGGAGGGCAGAAGGACUUGAAUAUUUAUAUUUUUUAAUUAAAAAAACAACAAAGUGAGGCACUAUUAAUAAGAACUUAAAUAUUUGUAUUUUUUUUACUAAGUGAUGCACUUUUCAUACAUAUGUUUUCCACCAAGAAUACCAACUAACACAAGUUGGCUUGCAAAUUGAACUUGGCCAUUUAAUACAGUGUUAAUUAUCAAGCUUUUUAUUUUGUGGAUAACAGAUUAUGCUUCAUAUGACAUAGAAAAUUUGAAAGAUAUUUUUUUAUUGGCAAUAAAUAUGACUGACACUGAUGCCUGAGAAACCUUUGUGUGGCUUUACAAAAGUUUUUGGUUUGCGAUAACUUCAUAAUCAUGUUAGGAUUAUUUGAUGUGGAGCCGGUCCACCUUUGACCUGAGUCUUGCGAGCGAGUCUCUUUGUUUCUUCCGCCUGAUGCUGUAUAUAUGAAUGUGCUUCUGAUGGUGCUGAUUAUUACAUAGAUCAUCUUCAUGUGACUAUUUCUUCGUCAGACCUCGUCGUGGUGUGACGUAUAUUGACCUUGUAGGAUAGAAUCAGAUUCAUGAUGUAUAUAAUAUUGUAGGCACACCUGAAAAAUGGCUGAUUUCUAUGUGGGAUCCAUGUCGGUAAUAGUGUUGUCUUUGUCAUCAGUUAAUUUGACAGGUCUUGUUCAGAUGUUUAAUGCCUGUGACAUGGGUUAGCUCCCUUCCCAGUGUAAACAGUCGGGUAGCCCAGUUGGUGGUGUGUUUGUUUGUUACGCCUAUCACCUGGUUCUAUUCCCACAUCGGCACAUGUGAACCAUUCUUCCUGAUGUAGUAUUGUUUAAAGUGGCACCACUGACAACAAAGGGACACAGGUUGCCCAGUCAUCAGGUAUCAAGCUGUCACAAUUCACUGUGCAGAAACCUAUGAUUGUGGUUUGGAAACAAGGAUCAACCUGAUUAUGUUUCUAAGUUUGUCAGCAUCAUAACAUUGCUUUGUGAUAUUCACCAAAGUGGUAAACGUCUAAGACCUGCAUCACUUCGGGCUUUCCUUCCAUGUUAAGCUGUGACGCCGUGAUAUAACUGAAAUACAGUUCAAAGCUGUGUUAACGCCAACUCACUAAUAUGUGAUAAGAAGCAGCUUCCAGGAGCUUUUUUUAUCAUUUCCUUCAAGUGUAGUUGGCAACAGAUUUCUGAGCAAUAGAUAUUGAAUUGUAAAGUCAUGUGUGGUUUGUGUGUGCAUGGUAGAGAGAUGUGUAUUUUGGGGCAGUAUGUGUAGAAUUGUCUGUUACCACGGUUACGUUUUUGUUUUGUCUUGUCAUGUGUUGUUAAAAUGUUAGUGUCACUGUAUUUUGUUCUACAAAGUACAGUGACAUUUUAGGCCGGACAGAUGACUUCAUAUAAAGAAUUGCUCGAUCAAAAUAUUUGCUGAGGUUGAUUUCCUAAAACUAAGUGACUAUGUAGAUCUGCUGCUAGACUGCUAGUCAGCCUCAUGUAGACCUACUAUUAGACAGAUUGUUAACAAUCUUUGUUUCAUGCUUAAUUUCUGAAUUGAAAAUUGAGAAGAAACAAAAAUGACUUUUGAACUGUUGAUAUGGUCCCCUCAAGAAUGCCAUAUGUAAUAAAUCUGAAUAAUUUAUUGUAUUUAAGUGUUUCCUAUGGUUGUGUAGGCUGCAUGUUUGUCGAUCUGUGAACCCAGUAUACACAUGUACACUUGGAUAGACACUAUACAAUGUGGUUGUGCGCAGUUAUAUUUACUCUUUUUUUUUUACCAUAUUUACCAAUUUUCUACUUUUAAGAUUUUCCCACUGGUGAUUUUCUUCAACUUUGGUUUUGGUUGUAAGAAUGCUGCUUCCAACAUUGAUUUCUAGAAUGUAAUUCAUUUCAUUGGGUGGAAUAUUUGCAACAAAGAUGAAUUAUCAUGUAUUUUGUUCAUUUAGUUCAUCGUGUUUGUGAUCAUUGUCAUACAAUAGAUGUUGCCACAAAAUGUCUCUACAAGAUUUUAAGAAAACAGAAUCUCAUUGCCUUGUGAGUCAUCUGAAAUAUAUUACAGACAGCUUGCCUAAUAAUGACACUAUUUAUUCAGAGUUUUUUCUCAGAGUUCUUUGUUAACAUUAAGAGAUUUGUACUUAAGCUCGUUAAGACUCUUGAUUGUAGUGAAAUGUUCAUUUUACAUUUUUAUAUGUAAUUUUUUUUUAAUGCAAGAAGAUAAUUUAAUGCUAUGAAUCAAGGCAGUUGAAAGUGUUUCCUGAAUGUAAAUUUAACAGUUGAAUUAAUAAUGUUGACAUCAUCCUAGAAAUCUGAAUAUUUCUAAAUAAAACAUAAUAUAUUA